GGCGCAGCGGGACGAGCCCGGGAGCGCGGCCCCGGCGCGGCUCUGCCCGUGGCGGCUCGGCCGGGAUCCACCAUGAAUUUCGAAGGGCUCAACCCCUCCCUGGCCGAGUUCGCUCCUCCCCUGCACCCCGCGCUGGAGCCGGUGCUGGAUCCUCACCUGAACCCCAACCUGGUGGAGCUGGACCCCGAGGGGGUGUCCCUGGAGGGGCUCCCUGUGCCUGAGUCCGUGCACCUGAUGGAGGGCAUGUACAGCGAGCUGCACACGGCCGUGUCCGAGGUCGGCGUGCCCGUCUCCGUGGCUCACUUCGACCUGCACGAGGAGAUGCUGUGGGUUGGCAACCACGGGGGCCACGCCACCUCCUUCUUUGGGCCCACUCUGGAGCGCUACUCGUCCUUCCAAGUGAACAGCAGCGAUGACAUCCGCCAGAUCCAGAGCCUGGAGAACGGCGUCCUCUUCCUCACCAAAACCAACCUCAAGUACCAGUCCCGGGGCGGCCUCAUCAUCUUCGACUACCUCAUGGAUGAAUCCGAGGACAUGCACAGCCUGCUGCUGACGGACAACAACACCCUGCUGGUGGCUGGGCUGCAGAACCACGUCCUGGAGAUCGACCUCAACACCGUCCAGGAGACGCAGAAGUACACCGUGGAGGUGCCGGGCAUCACCAUCAUGAGGCAAUCCAACCGCUUCUUCUUCUGCGGGCACACCUCAGGCAAGGUGUCCCUGCGUGACCUGCGCACCUUCGUGGUGGAGCACGAGUUCGACGCGCACUCCGGGAGCCUGUCGGACUUCGACGUGCACGGCAACCUGCUGGUGACCUGCGGCUUCUCCAGCCGCAUGAACGGCCUGGCCUGCGACCGCUUCCUCAAGGUCUACGACCUGCGCAUGAUGAGAGCCACCACCCCCCUGCAGGUCCACAUCGACCCCUUCUUCCUCCGCUUCAUCCCCACCUACACCUCCCGCCUGGCCAUCAUCUCCCAGACAGGCCAGUGCCAGUUCUGUGAGCCCACCGGGCUGGCCAACCCCGCUGACAUCUUCCACGUCAACACCGUGGGGCCGCUCAUCAUGACCUUCGACGUUUCGGCCAGCAAGCAGGCGCUGGCCUUCGGCGACUCCGAGGGCUGCGUCCACCUCUGGGCCGACUCCCCAGAGGUCACCUUCAAUGCCUACUCCAGGGAGACCGACUUUGCCCUGCCCUGCAUGGUGGACACGUUGCCACACCUGGACUGGAACCAGGACCUGGUGCCGCUGUCGCUGAUCCCGGUGCCGCUGACCAACGACGCGCUGCUCUCCGACUGGCCCGCCGCCAACUCGGCCCCGGCGCCGCGGAGAGCCCCCCCGGUGGAUCCCGAGAUUCUGCGCACCAUGAAGAAGGUGGGGUUCAUUGGCUACGCCCCGAACCCCAGGACCAAGCUGCGUAACCAGAUUCCUUACAGGUUAAAGGAGAUGGACAACGAGUUUGACAACUUCAGCCAAGUCCCCGAGUCCCCGAUCGGGCGUGAGGAGGAGCCACAUCUCUACAGGGUGGCCAAGAAGUACAGGAAGGUCACCAUCAAAUACUCCAAGCUGGGGCUGGAGGAUUUUGACUUCAAGCAUUACAACAAGACGCUGUUUGCAGGGCUGGAGCCCCACAUUCCCAACGCCUACUGCAACUGCAUGAUCCAGGUGCUGUAUUUCCUGGAGCCAGUCCGCUGCCUGGUGCAGAACCACCUGUGCCAGAAGGAAUUCUGCCUGGGCUGCGAGCUGGGCUUGCUCUUCCACAUGCUGGACCUGUCCCGAGGAGACCCCUGCCAGGGAAGCAAUUUUCUGCGGGCUUUCCGCACCAUCCCGGAGGCGUCGGCGCUGGGUUUGAUCCUGGCAGACUCAGACGAAGCCACGGGGAAGGUGAACCUGGGGAGGCUGAUUCAGAGCUGGAACCGUUUCAUCCUGACUCAGCUGCACCAGGAAACCCAGGAGCAGGAGGGACCCCAGGCCUACCGUGGGGCUGGCAGCAGCAGCUUUGGCUCCUCGGGGGACUCUGUCAUCGGGCAGCUGUUCAGCUGUGAGAUGGAGAACUGCAGCAUGUGCCGCUGCGGGAAGGAGACUGUCCGUGUGUCCUCCACGCUGCUCUUCACCCUCUCCUACCCUGACAGCACCGAAAAACCAGCCAAGGAUUACGAGUUCGCCCAAAUUUUAAAGCGCAGCAUCUGCUUGGAGCAGAACACGCAAGCCUGGUGUGAGAAUUGUGAGAAAUACCAGCCCACGGUGCAGACCCGGAACAUUCGCUGCCUGCCAGACGUGCUGGUCAUUAACUGUGAGGUGAACAGCUCCAAGGAGGCAGAUUUCUGGAAAACACAGGCUGAGUAUUCCUUUCAGAAAGCCAUGAUGAAGAGAGGAGGCUUUGACAUCACCAAGGGAAAGGAGAUCUCUCUUGGAGAGUGGAAGGAUCUGGGGAACCCUGACACAGGCCAUUCAUAUCCUUCUGUGGAGGAACUGAAGAACAUUUGGAUCCCUCACGCCAUCAAGAUGAGGUUGACCAAGAGCAAAGAGCUCGACGUGAGCAACUGCAGCGAGACCGAUGAGCUGAGCCCCACGGAUGACCCCGAGUCCGUGUACAUCUACGACCUCAUGGCCACCGUUGUCCACAUCCUGGAUUCCCGCACUGGGGGCAGCCUGGUGGGGCACAUCAAGGUGGGAGAGACCUACCACCAAAGGAAGGAGGGAGUCACACACCAGCAGUGGUACCUCUUCAACGACUUCCUCAUCGAGCCCGUGGACAAGUGCGAGGCUGUGCAGUUUGACAUGAGCUGGAAGGUGCCAGCCAUCCUCUACUACGCCCGGAGGAACCUCAACUCCAAGUACAACCUCGUCAUCAAGAACCCCAUCGAGGCCAGCGUGCUCCUGGCUGAGGCCUCGCUGGCCCGCAAGCAGCGCAAGUGCCACGCCACCUUCAUCCCCCUCAUGCUCAACGAGAUGCCCCAGGCGGGAGACCUGGUGGGGCUGGACGCGGAGUUUGUCACGCUGAACGAGGAGGAGGCUGAGCUGCGCAGCGAUGGCACCAAGUCCACCAUCAAGCCCAGCCAGAUGUCGGUGGCCAGGAUCACCUGCGUGCGCGGGCAGGGCCCCAACGAGGGCGUCCCCUUCAUCGAUGACUACAUCUCCACCCAGGAGCAGGUGGUGGAUUACCUGACCCAGUACUCUGGGAUCAAACCAGGAGACCUGGAUGCCAAGAUCUCCUCCAAGCACCUGACCACCCUCAAAUCCACUUACCUGAAGCUGCGUUUCCUCAUCGAUGUGGGCGUCAAGUUCGUGGGCCACGGGCUGCAGAAGGAUUUCCGUGUCAUCAACCUGAUGGUGCCCAAGGACCAGGUGAUCGACACCGUGUACCUGUUCCACAUCCCGAGGAAGAGGAUGAUCUCCCUGCGCUUCCUCGCCUGGUACUUCCUGGACCUGAAGAUCCAGGGGGAGACCCACGACAGCAUCGAGGAUGCGCGGACGGCGCUGCAGCUCUACCGCAAGUACCUGGAGCUGAGCCCGCAGGGCUCGGAGCCCGAGGAGUUCCGGAAGGUGCUCAAGGGGCUCUACGAGAAGGGCCGCAAGCUGGACUGGAAGGUGCCCGAGCCCGACAGCCAGAGCAGCCCCAAGCACGGGGCCGUGUUCCCCCCCGUGCUGGCGCUGUGACCGGAGCCCCCGCGAGGAGCAGCGCCGGGAGCGGCGGACGCGCGUGGAACUGGAACCAGCAGCGGGGCCGGGGCUGUCCCCGACCCGCCCGACCCCCGCCCCGGGCCCGGUGCCCCGGGGCUCCCCUUUCCCUGCCGGUACCGGGAAGCACUGCCUUCCCCGGCCCACUCGCCCGCCGGCCCGGGCGCCCUCAUAAAACAGCCUCGAACCCCCGUGCGACCGUGUCCUCCUUGGCUCCGGGGGGCGGGACCGGGACCGGGACCGGGGGCACGCCAGGAACGACCCGGGCUCACACCGCCACUGGUACCGGGGACACGGCAGAAAGGAUCGGGGCUGGGGCCGGAACACGGCACGGAGGAGCCGGACCGGGACCGGGACAAGACGGAAGGUUCCGGAUCGGGCACAGGCAAGAAGGAGCGGGGCUGACACCGGGGACACGGCAGGAAUGACCGGGACCGGGGACUGGGAGGGACGUGGUGUAGAGGAGCCGGUCCGGGGUUGGCACCGGGGACACGGCAGAAAGGACUGGGACCGGGCUCGGAACGGGACCGGCACUGGGGACACGGCAGAAAGGACUGGGACCGGGCUCGGAACGGGACCGGCACUGGGGACACGGCAGAAAGGACUGGGACCGGGCUCGGAACGGGACCGGCACCGGGGACACGGCAGAAAGGACCGGGACCGGGCUCGGAACGGGACCGGCACCGGGGACACGGCAGAAAGGACUGGGACCGGGCUCGGAACGGGACCGGCACUGGGGACACGGCAGGACAGACCCAGGUUCGGCCCGGGGCUCAGACCGGGAGCUCUGUGGGGCGGAACGGACCCGGAACCGGGCCCAGGCGAGGCUGGCACCGGGAGCACGGCAGGAAGGACCAAGGUUUGGGUCGGUGCUCAGACCCGGGGGCACGGCAGGACGGA